GAUUUAGUGGCAAGCUCUAUAUAACUGUGGAAAUAAGUUUCUUUUCAGCAGUUUAAUUACAUUCCUCUUAAGUCCUCUGUGUUGCUAAAAUGAGAGUCUGUCUUAUUAUAAUUGCAGUUGUAGCUCUGCCUUUCUCCUGUGAGGCAGUGAUUGAUUGGAGAUGCUCUUCCCCUGUCAACAAUGUCUCCUACUUUCCAGAUAUACCAGCAAGCGCUGGAAACAUAGAACCAUUGGAGCAAAGCAUCCAACGCUCACUCUAUGUCUACCCCAUACCUGGACCUAUCAGUUGUAAUGCAACAGUGCUUGGUGUGCAGUACUGCUACCAGCAAACGGGAACUGAAGAGGAUACCAUUUUCACAUUACUCAUUUUACAAAUGGAUUCCAAGUUCUCCACGAAUGUAAGAGUGCUCAAAAACAUACCCAUUCCUGCGCCAAAAGGCAUUUGUGCAAGUCAAGCUUGCUGUGAUACUUUUACGUUCGAUGAAAGCAAACAUUUUCUGCUACCCACACAAGGAUUUGGCAUUGGCUUAGAAACUCAGAAUUUUGCCAAUCUUUGGGGAUUUCAUAACACACAAGUCCAGUACUAUGCAUGCAGAUACUUAGUCCAAAGUGCAGGGCUUAAUUUGACUGUCGGUUCUACUAUUUCCAUCCAAUCCACUCUAAGCAGUGAGAAUACGCUCAGGAUUGUGAGGUUAAUAGUUGGUAAUGGAGGUGAGCAAUCGAUGAUUUUGACUGAUCCCUUGACUACAACUGAUCCACCCUUGACCACAACUGAUUAUUCAAUGACUAAUGAUCAAACUACCCCACAAAUGUCAACUGAUUUUACCUCACCAAUAGAGAUACCAACUUCUUUACUAAUCGUUGUGUUGGUUACCAUCACAUUGGCUGCUGUUCUGUUUACUAGCUGUGUUGCUUUGAUGAUUAUUGCCUGCGUGUAUGUGAAGAUGAAGAGAGACGGGAAAAAGGAGACAACUCCAAAAAAUUGUGAUCAGAUGGUCAUGCCGGUCAUGUUUGAUGCUUCAAUGGCUUCACAAAACCCACUUCCUGAAGGCACCGAGGACAAAAUCAAUGCGUCUUGGAACAUAGCCUAUGGGCAAAUCAGACAUUUGGAGUAGCAGCCAUAUAAUUAUUGAUUAUGAUUUUAUUUGAUGUUUACAAUUAUUCAAUUAAUAUUUUUAACAAUUGAUUAUACAAGUAUUAUGUGUGAAGAUUCA